AUGGGUGAAGGAAACGGCACCACUAUCAAUCCCGGCAUGGCUGGCGUGAAGCCCAGCGAACCUGACACCCAGGAAUUUAGCGGGAAAGGAAAGGCCCCCACCGCGCAACCUGACACGAACAUGAUGGACGAAGACGAUGAUGAUGAUGACGAUGAUGAGGAGGACCAGAAUGAAGAGCCUGAAGAAGAAGAAGAAGACGAUGACAACAUGGAAGAAAUCGACACCAACAACAUCAUCAACACCGGCCGCCGCACCCGAGGCAAAGCCAUCGACUUCGCCAAGGCCGCUGAGAACGCCAACGACCUCGACGACGAGGACGAGGAUGAGGAUGACGAUUUCCAGGCGCCAGAGGACGCGAUGGAGGAGUGA